AUGUCCGGACGUCGUUCCCUUCAUUCGUUCGUUCGUUCGUCCGUCAACCAACUACUCACCGACGUUCCGCGACCGUCACGAACUGACUGGCGCACGCGACACCACGGUCGCUGCAAAUUCGCGCCAUUUCUGGCCGUCCGUUUGAAAAUCGGACCUUCCGGUUUCUUCUCAGUGCAGUCACGCCAGCAUGUCCUGCAUGUCAUUUUCGGGUGGUUCGUGUAUUCUAUCCUUCGACAGUGUGAAGACACUAUCGCUGUGAGUUUUCUGUCCUCUCAGCCAAAUGCGACUUCUAUUUCCAGAAAGGCUUCUGUGUCACGCCUGCAUCGGGUCGCAGUCAUUGAUGAAUUCGACGCCGCGAUUGAUAACGCAAUAAAGGGACUUAUCAGUGAUAUCCUAACCAAGAUAGCCGACUUUUUUUCGGCAGAUGUUGUGGGUAUACAGAGGGAGAACAUUUUCUGUCAAAGGUUUACAUCACGUAAACUGAAGACGGGAAUAGUUCAGUGUAACGUUUCCGAUGUGGAGCAUUUAGUAGAUGGUCUCGUUGACCGUCUUCAAGGAAUAGUUAGUGAUCCGAUAGUGCUCAAAUCUGGAGAUGUGGAUAUUCGCGGUGUUGUGAAUCGCAUCCGAGAUUGUAGUGGCGACAGAAAGCCACUGGUUGUAAUUGAACAGGCAGAGUCGUUCAACCCAUGGCUUUUGAAUGGACUGGUUUACUCAUUGGCAUCUCUCCAAAGUGAUACUCUCGUUCUUCUUUGUGUAUCUACGAAAAAAACGGUGCUAACUUCCAUUGUAUCAAGGAGAUGCCUGUCGUCUCUUUAUGCCCGAAGCUUCUCGUUUUCUAUUCCUGAAGAAGUAUUUGACCUUCUUAUACCUACCGUCGUGCUAAAUCCACCGUUUACAAAUUUACGGUUGGAUCCCGAAUUCUUGACAUUUUUAAGGUCUUCUUUCUUCCGAGACAGUUUUUCUGUGUCACAUGUGAAGAAAUGUCUUCGUUUCGCUUUUCUCCGACAUCUCUUCGCAAAGUCGGGCUCGAAUGUGGCAAAAGAGAUUUCUGAAGCAUUCGUCAGGGAAGUGAACGUGUACAUGGAUGCUCUUAAUUUCCUGCACACGAAUUUAUACAGUCUUCAGGGAGGAACAUCUAUUCGUCGAUCUACACAUAUUCUUCAACUACAUGAGGAUGUUCAGAAAGGGAAUUUUUUGAGCAAAGUAAAGAAUUCGGAUGACUACAAGAACUGGAUACAAUCGCUAUACUACAUGUCACCGGAAGAAAUUUCAAUUGUGCUCCAGCACCUAGGAAUUGCUUCGCAUAACAUAGUAUUACCUUCAACUAUUCAGAAUGGAGAGCCGGAGGUGUUGGUGAAGGUUACUGAAGGCAAGGUAACUGCUUUGAAUUUGAAGGAGAAAAUGAAGGAGAUUAUAUCCGCUAAGCAGCGUAAUCCUUAUGUAGUAGCUCGCCAAAAAGCCGUCUUCGACAUUGAGGCAUCUCCAUUAAAUGUUGCCUUGCAAGCUCUUCUGAAACAAGGACGAUGGAAGACCGUUACUCUUUCUAAGUGGGGAGAAACCUUCAGUGUUGACAGUUAUGUACAGGGAUUGAAAGGAUCGAAGGAUGAACUCGAGUCGAUGUUCUUUGCAUGUGUCGGCCAGCUUGAGCAUAUGGGCAUCAUUAGGCCCAGCAGAGAACACGAAAUACAGUUGGUUACAAUCGCUCAUCAUGUUCUCAAUCUUGCAAUCCACUGUAAUUAG